GUGCCACGGACCCGUCCGACACCGUGGCUCCCAUCAUUGUAAUCCCUCCACGGAAUACCAGCGUUGUAGCAGGGAGCGGCGAAAUCACGCUGGAGUGUGUGGCCAAUGCAAGACCUCUUGAGAGACUAAGCAUGACCUGGAAGAAAAAUGGAGUCAAAAUAACCAGUGGCAUUAGCAGUUUUGGGAGACGACUCACUAUCCCCAACCCAACCUCUGCUGAUGCGGGGAUGUACUUCUGUGAAGCAAAAUUGAGAGACAGCACAGAGGAACCAGCAAGAGCGAAAGCCUUCCUUUCUAUAAUGGAACCACCAUAUUUUACGGCUGAGCCCGAGAGCGUGAUUUUGGCUGAAGUGGAGAAGGACGUGGACAUCCUGUGCCAGGCGAUGGGUGUUCCUAUUCCCACUCUGGUCUGGUAUAAGGACUCUGUUCCCCUCAGCAAGCUGGAAAACCCCCGCUACAAAGUACUGCUGAGUGGUGGGCUCCGGAUCCACGCGCUGCGUCCUCAGGAUGCUGGAAUCUUCCAGUGUUUUGCUAAUAAUAAAGCCGGGGAGAUACAGACGUACACCUACCUGGAUGUGACUAACAUGAAACCAGCAUUUAUACAGCCUCCAGAGGAUACCACUGUUACAGAGGGAAUGACGGCAGUGCUAACCUGUGAAGUUUCAGGGGCUCCAAAACCUGCCAUCUCAUGGAAGAAAGGAAACCAGAUCUUAGCCAGUGGCUCAGUUCAGAUUCCUCGGUUCAUUCUUCUUGAAUCUGGAGGGCUCCAGAUAACACCCGUUUUCCUUCAGGAUGCCGGCAAUUAUACUUGCUGUGCAGUCAACUCUGAAGGAGCUCUGAAUGCUUUUGUGAUGCUGACAGUGUGGAAUCGCACUUUCAUUGUUCACCCUCCUGAGGAUAGCACUGUGAUCAAAGGAACCACAGCCACUCUGCGAUGUGAAGCAACUCAUGAUCCUAGAAUUUCAAUCAGGUACGUUUGGAAGAAGGACAGUGUUGUAAUAAAUCCAUCCAGCAGUUCCAGGAUCACGGUAGAGAAAGACGGAACCCUCCUCAUCAGCCAGACAUGGUCAGGUGACAUUGGAGACUACACCUGUGAGGUCAUUUCUUUUGGAGGAAAUGACUCCAGAAUGGCUCGACUAGAAGUGAUCGAGCUGCCUCAUUCCCCUCAGAAUCUUCUGGCCACUCUAAAUUCCUCAUACAGCCGCAGCGUGAUGCUCUCCUGGGUGCGCCCCUUUGAUGGAAACAGCCCUGUUCUCUACUACAUGGUCGAGCUCUCUGAGAACAAUUCUCCCUGGAAGGUUCACCUAUCAAAUCUUGACCCAAAGAUGACCGGUGUCACUGUGAGCGGACUAACUCCAGCCCGAACCUACCAGUUUAGGGUGUGUGCAGUGAACCAGGUGGGAAAGGGCCAGUACAGCUCUGAGACCAGCAGGUUGAUGCUACCUGAGGAGCCCCCCAGUGCCCCACCGAAAAACAUAGUGGCCAGCGGGCGCACCAAUCAGUCUAUCAUGGUCCAGUGGCAGCCUCCUCCCGAGAGUGAACAUAAUGGAGUUCUUCAUGGGUACAUCCUAAGGUAUCGCCUGGCCGGCCUCCCUGGAGAAUACCAGUAUAAGAACAUCACCAGUGCAGAAAUUAACUACUGCUUAGUGACAGACCUGAUCAUUUGGACCCAGUAUGAAAUCCAGGUGGCAUCUUACAAUGGAGCUGGGCUGGGAGCGUUCAGCAGACCUGUGACGGAGUACACUUUACAGGGAGUGCCUACAGCUCCGCCGCAGAAUGUGCAAGUUGAAGCCGUGAACUCCACAACCAUCCAGUUCCUCUGGAACCCUCCACCCCAACAGUUCAUCAAUGGUAUUAACCAAGGAUACAAGCUUCUAGCAUGGCCAGUGGAUGCUCCAGAGACUGUGACGAUGGUCACCAUUGCUCCAGAUUUUCAUGGUGUUCAUAGUGGCUGCAUCACCAACCUGAAGAAAUACACUACAUACUAUACGUCGGUUCUGUGUUUCACCACACCUGGCGAUGGACCACGAAGCACGCCCCAGCUCCUGCGCACCCUUGAAGACAAGCCAGGAGCGGUGGCACACCUGAGUUUCACUGAGAUUCUGGACACGUCUCUCAAGGUCAGCUGGCAAGAACCUGUAGAGAAAAAUGGCAUCAUUACAGGGUACCAGAUCUCCUGGGAGGUGUAUGGCAAGAAUGAAUCUCGUCUUGCCCGCACGCUACCCAACACAACGCUGGAGUACAAGAUCACGGGGCUGUCAUCUCUCACCACCUACACAAUCGAGGUGGCAGCUGUGACCGCAAAAGGGAGCGGAUGGGUCACGUCCUCCACCAUCUCUUCUGGUGUGCCCCCAGAACUUCCAGGUGCUCCAUCCAACCUGGUGAUUUCCAACAUCAGCCCUCGCUCUGCCACACUUCAGUUCCGGCCAGGGUAUGAUGGCAAAACCUCCAUCUCCAAGUGGAUAGUCGAAGGCCAG